AAGGAGAGCACCCAGGAGUAUGGCAUCAUUUUCCACCUCCUUCUCCCUUUUCCUGUGCAUACUGGCUCUUUCUGACAUCAGCCUUGCGUUCUCCCUGGACCCCGUCACGAAGCUCAAGAACAUCCCGGAGAACAACAACCACCUUCAAAACCGGGAGCUGUGGCCACAGCAGCCCAGGAGCGGCCACCACCACAAGCACGGAGUGGCCAAGAAGGAGCGGGCCCACGGCGCGGCUUCCAGAGGGCAGCCAGCCGCCGAGGAGGCCCUCAGGGCCGGGAGCGGAGCGCCGGCCGUGGACGAGCCGGCGGCCAUGGCGCAGCCUGCGGCCCUGAAACAGGAUAAGGAUAAGGAUGUGUUCCUGGGCUUUGAGUAUCCCGAAAGGGAGAACCAAUCCCCAGGGUCUGAGAGGGGGAAGAAGCAGAACCGAGAGCACCGGCGGCACGGCCGCAGGGACAGGCUGAAGCACCACAGAGGGAAGACCGAUAUUGGGCCAAGUUCCCUGUACAAGAAGCCUGAAACUUUUCAAGAGCAAUUUCAAAAUCUGCAGGCAGAGGAGGCUACAAGUCUGACCCCCACCAUGCUUCACCUCACCGCUCUGGAACUGGCGUUUUCCACCGAAGAGCCCCCUGUUCUUCCAGCCACAUCACCCCGGUCACAGGCCCGUGUCAGGCAAGAUGGGGAUGUGAUGCCCACCCUAGAUAUGGCACUCUUUGACUGGACAGACUAUGAGGACCUCAAACCAGAAAUGUGGCCAUCGGCUAAAAAGAAAGAGAAACGCCGCAGUAAGAACCCCAGCAGUGGGAAUGAGACCAUGUCAGCUGAAGGAGAGCCUUGUGACCAUCACCUUGACUGCCUCCCAGGAUCUUGCUGCGACUUGCGUGAGCACCUCUGCAAACCACACAAUCGAGGCCUUAACAACAAGUGUUAUGAUGACUGCAUGUGCACUGAAGGGCUACGCUGUUAUGCCAAAUUUCACCGGAACCGAAGAGUGACCCGAAGGAAAGGACGCUGCGUGGAGCCUGAGUCAGCCAACGGAGAGCAGGGAUCAUUCAUUAAUGUUUAGAAGGGUGGUGCUCUAUUUCUUGCCUGGAGGGUCUGGAGCUGGGGACAAACCAUGUAUACCUAGCAGUGGAGAUUAGAGAAAAAAAUCAGCAAAUGAUUGAAGCUGCAGGCUCUGAACAAGCCAGGCUCCAACAAGACUGAUGCUGGUGAUGGUUUAUGAGUAGAAUGGUCUCAGCCUUUUCUAUACCAGGACUCCCUCACCCACCUUUCCCUCAGGACAUCCCUGUCAUGGGGCUGGGUCCCCCUCUCCCAGUUAGUAGGAAAUGAGCCUGAUUGUCACUCUGAUG